AUGCAACUAUUAUCCUUAUUUAUAUUUGCAUUAUUAUCAGUGACAUCACCGAUUUCGGCUGAGCAAGAUGCCAGUCACUUUAAAAUAGACUUUCGUAUCCGUCGUGGGGAUUCAAGAAAGGAUAUUUCCGAGUCGGCUCCCAGGAUAGUCAAACGUGCUGAUCCUGACGGGGCAGUAAAUAUGGUGAUUUUAAAUCAGCAAACUUUUUAUUUGGCCAAUUUGUCCAUCGGCUCAAACAAGGAUUCCGUGGGUGUUUUGGUUGAUACCGGAUCAUCUGAUUUAUGGGUUAUGUCUCAUGACUUGAAGUGUUCAGCUAACCCUAAUAGCAAGCGUGAGGCGAAGAAUAAAAUUGACCAUUUUGGUUCCGGAACCGGUGUAGUUAACAUUUUUAAGGAACAAAGUGAGAAAAGAGAUGACGAUAAACCACCACCAACUAAAUCUAGUAAUGAGAAUAACAAGGCAUUUGCAUUUACAACUAUAACUUUACUGCCUGAUGGAUUCCAAACUCCUUCAAUUGGAGGCGGCAGUGGCGGAGCUGGUAGUGGUGCCAGCGCAUGUACAGCUUUAGGGUCAUUCAAUACCGGCAAAUCCGAUACUUUUGUUAAGAAUAAUACUAGUCCAUUUCAAAUUGAGUAUGCUGAUGGAUCUGAUGCCACCGGAAUUUGGGGGUUUGACAAUGUCUUUAUUGGUGAUACUAAAGUUGCUAACUUAUCGUUUGCUGUUGCCAAUGAAACUUCCUCUGAUGUUGGUGUGCUUGGAAUUGGUCUUUCUGGAUUAGAAACAACUACUCAAUUUGGUUAUGUGUACGAAAACUUGCCACUCAAGAUGAGAAACCAAGGAUUGAUUAACCGUGCUCUUUUUUCAAUCUACUUGGGCCAAGCUAACGACAACAAGGGCAGUAUCCUUUUUGGAGCUAUUGAUCAUGCCAAAUUCUUGGGUAAUUUGGUAACUCUUCCAAUGCAACGUACUUACCAACAAGUUAGUGUUCCAGUUAGAAUUCAAAUUGGUCUUGAUUCAGUGAAUUUACAAGGAGUUUCAGGAUCAUCGUCUAGCUCAUUAUUAUCCGAUUCUACCGGCGUUGUUCUUGAUACCGGUUCAACUUUGUCAUAUGUUUCAGCAGAUGUCUUGCAAGCUCUUGGAGAAGCAUUAGGAGGCACCUAUAAUCGUAGACUGCAUGCAUAUAUUGUUAAUUGUAAUCAACCAAAAGGAGCAACCCUCAAUUUAGGAUUUUCCAAUCAAACUAUCAAGGUUCCAGUCAGUGAUUUACUUAUCCAAGCUACUUCUAGUCAAUGUUACCUUGGUGUUUUGGCCCAAUCUACCGCAACUUCAUACAUGUUAUUUGGUGAUAAUAUUUUAAGACAUGCUUAUGUUGUUAUGGAUUUAGACGGUUUUGAAGUUUCAUUAGCUCCAGUUAAUUUUACCAAUGAUGAAGACAUUGAAGUUAUUAGCUCCACUGUUCCAACGACCGGUGCCACAACUACUCCUAGCAGUAGUGGUAGAGGUAGUACUGGUGGUAACAGUGGCAGCAGCGGCAGCAGUGGUGGUAGCGGUAGUAGUAGCAGUGGAGACAGUGAGACUACCAGCAGUACUGGUAAACAAUCAGCUGCGCACUCCAUCACUGUUAGACCAUUGUACGUUAUUGGUUUAACUUUGUUAAUAUCUUUAUCCAUAAUGAUAUAA